AUUUCUGGUGGGGAUUUGACAGAAAAUCUACAACUUUCCCGGGAGAUUUUUUCUCCAAUUUCCCCGGGGAAGUGGAAAACACAGUCUUUCCACGUGAUCAAAUUCAUGUCAGAAGAAAUCGGGGUUUUAUCAGAGAGAGAGACAGAGUAAAAUGGAAGCUGGCGAAGGAGUGAUAGACAAGAAAGGAACAAAUGACGUGGUGAUUCACAUUUCAACCACGAAUCAAGAUGCUAAUACUAAAGCUUACUCCUUUUCAAAGAAUUCCCAGUUGGGUUCUUCUCCAAGAGACUCAUCAGCAAAUCUUGAGCUAACAGAGUUCGAGAAUCUGUCGGUGAGAGUUCAAACAUCUCCUUCUUCGAAGAUACCAAAGCCAAGCCCAGCUCCGAGUCCAACACCACACAAACCUCCAAAAAUCCCAACAAUAGACUCCAUAACAAGAAGAAAAUCACUUGCAAGGUCUGAAUUUUCGAAGCCAAAAUCAAGACUGGUAGAGCCAUCCUAUCCAUAUGAUGCAAUCUUAAAGGAAGAGAUGAAGACCGGCCAGUCGGGGAAUUCAAGCUCACCGCGUAAUGUUGCUUCACCAAAUCACACACUUGGUGUUACUACACCAAGGGAUAACUUGAGGUCAACUCCAAUCACCCCAAAAACUCCGUUGAUUGGAACGCCAGGACUAGACGAUGAUGAUGAUGAGGUCUAUAGGACGGCAAUUCUUAAUUUGGGCAAAAUUACGGGUAAGAAAUGGAAAGUAUUACCCUUGAUUGAGUUGAUUGCAUUUGUGUGCAUCAUGGGACUGUUAAUUGCCAGCUUGACUGUUGACGGAUUGCUGAAUUCAAAGAUUUGGAGUUUGAAGUUGUGGAAAUGGUGUGUGCUCGUAUUAGUUAUUUUCAGUGGUAGAUUGUUUACCGAGUGGUUUAUGAAUGUUUUGGUUUUCUUGAUUGAAAGGAACUUCUUGCUAAAGAAGAAGGUGCUUUAUUUUGUAUAUGGGUUGAAAAAGAGUGUUCAGGCUUUUAUUUGGUUAGGCUUGGUACUGCUAGCUUGGGGUUUGUUGUUUGAAAGUGGAGUUAAACGAUCCAGGCGAACUACCAAGACUCUGAAUAACAUUACAAGAGCCCUUGCUGGUUGUCUUAUCGGGGCUGCUAUAUGGCUGGCGAAAACCUUUUCACUCAAGUUAUUAGCUUCUUCUUUUCAUGUUACUAGAUUCUUUGAUAGAAUUCAGGAAUCAAUAUUUCAUCAGUAUGUUCUCAUAACUCUUUCUGGGCCUCCCGUGAUGGAGAUGGCUGAAAGCAUUACGAGCACUAAGACGCUGCCGGGCCAGUUGAGUUUUACGAAUACUAACAAACAGAAAGCAGAGAAAAAAGAAGAGGUGAUUGAUGUUGAUAAGCUUAAGAAAAUGAAACAUGGGAAGAUCUCUGCUUGGACCAUGAGAGGAUUGAUUAAUGUGAUUAGUGGUUCUGGCUUAUCCACUCUCUCCAACAACCUUGACCAGAGUGAUGAGGAGGAUGGUGAGAAGAAGGAUGAAGAGAUUACUAGUGAGUGGGAAGCAAGGGCUGCGGCUUAUAAGAUAUUCAGGAAUGUGGCAAAGCCUCAUAGCAAGUACAUUGAAGAAGAUGACCUCUUGCGGUUCAUGAAAAAGGAAGAGGUGGACAACGUAAUUCCACUCUUUGAAGGAGCAACAGAAACUCGAAAGAUCAAGAGAUCAGCUUUAAAAAAUUGGCUGGUGAAUGUUUAUAAUGAGCGCAAAUCAUUGGCACACUCCUUGAAUGACACAAAAACAGCCAUUGAGGAGCUGAACAAAUUGGCUUCUGCUGCUGUGCUUGUUGUGAUCGUUGUUGUGUGGUUGCUUGUGAUGGGAUAUUUAACAACCAAAGUGCUUGUCUUCAUUUCAUCUCAAUUAUUACUCGUGGUUUUCAUUUUUGGUAACAGUGCCAAGACCGUGUUCGAAGCCAUCAUAUUUGUGUUCGUCAUGCACCCAUUUGAUGUUGGUGAUCGUUGUGUCAUUGAUGGAGUGCAGAUGGUUGUUGAAGAGAUGAACAUUUUGACCACUGUCUUUUUAAGAUACGACAAUGAGAAAAUAUUCUAUCCAAACACUGUUCUUGCUACCAAACCUAUCAGCAACUUUUACAGGAGCCCAGAAAUGAGUGAUUCUGUGGAAUUCGCUGUUGAUAUAUCCACUUCAAUUGAGACUAUUGGAGCUCUGAAAGCUAGGAUAAAAGCGUACCUGGAGAGCAAGCCACAGCACUGGCGGCCUGGUCACAGUGUUCAAGUUCAAGAGAUUGAGAAUGUGAAUAAGAUGAGAAUGGCCCUCUAUGUUAAUCACACUAUAAACUUCCAGAACAGUGGAGAUAGGGGAAACAGAAGAUCUGAUCUAGUGUUAGAGUUGAAGAAAUGUUUCGAAGAUCUUGGUAUUAAGUACCAUCUUCUGCCUCAACAAGUUCACCUCAGCUAUGUCGGGACAGCAGCUUCAGUAGCUCCAGCGCUUGCAAGAAGAGGGCAGGAGCGAAGAUCAGAGAAACAGAUGGCUUCAACUUCAGCUGUGUCAAUGGCGUUGCCAUUAACUUAUGCGGGCCAAAAGAGGGUUCCAGCCCCUGAGGCUUUCUUCAAGCCACUCCCAGCGAGGCCAUCUAAGGCUAUGUCAGCGUCAAAAUCCAGUGGUAGGUUUCAAGUCAAGGCUUCGUUGAAGGAGAAGUUGGUCACUGGAUUGACAGCAGGUGCACUUACAGCUUCCAUGGUGAUUCCAGAGGUAGCUGAAGCAGCUGGGCCUGGGGCUUCUCCUUCUCUCAAGAACUUCUUGCUCAGCAUUGUGGCUGGUGGAGUUGUGCUUGGUGCCAUUAUUGGUGCAGUGAUCGGAGUUUCCAAUUUCGACCCUGUCAAGCGGGGUUAAGCAAUGUACAAUUCUGAGAAUGUUUGGAAUUCUUUUACAACUUCAUGUUUUGUAUCUUGUUUGAUGCUUUCAAUGAUCCUCUGUGUGAAAUCUUCAGAUGUAACGUGGCCCAAGACUAGUGAAAUCUAAAAAUUACUUUUCC